UUCCCUCCACGGGACGAGAGGGGAAAGCGAGAGGUAGUCGGCACGCACGGCCGAAGCUCCACAUUCAUCCACAACGCACCAGGUCGCACUCGUACGUCCCAUGGCACGCCACCGCGCCAACGAAACAAGAGUCCCAAAACGCCAAGGUGGACACGCCGACCCGGCGUGCCGUCAGAGGCUGCUGUGCUAAAUCUGGGGUGGAGGGGAGGGGACGCACCGAGGCGCGGCCGCCUCGCCGAGAUCGACGGGCCGACGCAACCCAGGCCGAGGCCGAGCGAGGGAAGCGAUACAACCCACCACAAGCAGCGGGCGCGUCGUCGGGUUCGCGUGCGGCGGAUAUUCGGACGGGGCGGCAUAACACCCGGGCCGAACGGGUCGCGCGCUCUCUCUCCCGGCGGUCUUCUCCCCGGCCCUCUGGCGAUGGCGACGGCGACGGCGGCGGCGGUGUGGGAGGAGGAGGCGGAGGUGGAGAGGCCGAUGCUGGAGGAGGAGGGGAAGGGGAAGCAGGGCAAGGGGCGGCGCUACGGCCUCGUCGACUACCGGGCGCUGCCGGCCUACAUGCGCGACAACGAGUACAUCCUGCGCUACUACCGCUGCGAGUGGCCGCUCCCGCAGGUGCUCCUCUCCGUCUUCUCCAUCCACAACGAGACCCUCAACGUCUGGACGCACUUGAUAGGAUUCUUCAUCUUCCUUUCUUUGACCAUAUAUACUGCAACAAAAGUUCCAAAUGUGGAUCUUCAGAGCCUGCAGAAUUUACCUGAUAUACUUAGGAAUGCUGAUCUUCAUAAGAUUCAGGCAGAGCUUGCGGCAUGCCUUCCUUCAUUACCUCACUUUUCUGAUCUGCAAAAGAUGAAGGAUGAAUUGAGAAGCUCAUGGAAUUCUAUCGAUGUGCUUCCGUCAAUAUCUCGUUGGCGUCUCUUGGAAUUACUCUCAAAUUGCUUGCCUGACAGAUUUACCCAUUCCAAUGAAACUAAUCUUUCUGUUCUUGAAAGCAUGAAGGAGGAUAUUGUAACUGUAAUUGCACCACACUUUAUUAGGCCGAUCUCUAGGUGGCCGUUCUUUGCCUUCUUGGGAGGAGCCAUGUUUUGCCUUCUUGCCAGCAGCACAUGCCACCUUCUGUCCUGCCACUCUCGCCGCCUUGCAUAUAUCAUGCUUCGGCUCGACUAUGCGGGCAUUGCAGCUCUUAUCGCCACUUCUUUCUACCCUCCAGUAUACUACUCUUUCCUGUGCCAUCCUUUCUUUUGCAACCUGUACCUCAGCUUCAUAACUAUUCUAGGAUUAGCAACUAUCGCGUUCUCUCUGCUCCCGGUCUUCCAGAACCCGGAAUUCCGAACUAUACGGGCGUGCCUCUUCUUUGGCAUGGGAGCGUCAGGUGUGAUCCCUGUUUUUCACAAGUUGAUCCUUUUUUGGCACCAACCAGAGGCACUGAUCACUACCGGAUAUGAAAUUUUGAUGGGGCUGUUCUACGGUGUUGGAGCAUUGGUGUACGCGACUCGGGUGCCUGAACGCUGGAUGCCCGGGAAGUUUGACAUUGCUGGGCACAGCCACCAGCUCUUCCAUGUCUUGGUCGUUGCUGGAGCCUACACCCACUACCAUGCAGGGCUGUUGUACCUCAAGUGGAGAGAUCAGCAGGGCUGCUAAAAGUUGUUCUAUUGUUACAGGGUGUGGAUAGAUUUAUUUGGUUAUAUGGUUGUGUCUCUGAUCAAUAGAAGACUGUUGAAUCAGGGUAAAGAAUUUACUGAUCUGUGUAAAGUGUAUACUAGACGAAAUAAACAAGUAAAAUUGAGGUGAUUAUAACUUU